CGGGCGGGGCGCCGAGAAAGCCGAGCGGUGUCCCGCUCCUCCCAGGGAGACCCUAAGGGGGACGUCGGUGGAGCGGCGGAGAGCCGGUCAGGGACAGAGAAGGUCCCGGAGGCGACAGCGAUGCUGUGGGGGUCCGUGCUACGGGUGCUGGUGCUGCAGGCGGCCUGGGCGCUGGCGGGCGGGCAGGUGCGGUACUCGGUGCCGGAGGAAGCCGAGGCCGGCACGGUGGUGGGCCGUCUGGCGCAGGACCUGGGCCUGGAGGCGGGCGAGGCGGAGGCGCGGCGGCUGCGGCUGGUGGCGCAGGGCCGGCGGGCGAGCGUGGAGCUGAGCGGGGCGAGCGGCGCGCUGCUGCUGAGCUCGCGGCUCGACCGGGAGCAGCUGUGCGCCAAGAGCGCGCCGUGCGCGCUGCGCCUGGAGGUGCUGCUGGAGCGGCCGCUGCGCGUCUUCCAUGUGGAGCUGGAGGUCACCGACAUCAACGACAAUGCCCCCGUCUUCCGUGUGGCCGAAGAAGCCCUUAACAUCGCCGAAUCGUCUGUGCCGGGGUCUCGAUUCCCUCUGGAGGGCGCGUCGGAUGCGGAUAUCGGAGCGAACGCGCAGCUCUCCUACACGCUCAGCCCCAGCGAAUACUUCAGUCUCGAUUAUCAGGGGAAUAAUGACGGGAGUGCUUCUUUGGGUCUUAUUUUAACUAAAGCUUUGGACCGCGAGACGAUUCCCGUGCACCGGUUGGUGCUGACGGCGAGUGACGGGGGCCGGCCGUCUCUGACUGGGACAAUGGAACUCGUGAUCUCCGUGCUAGAUGCGAACGACAACGCGCCUCAGUUCAACCAGUCCGUGUAUAAGGUUAAAGCCUUAGAAGGUUCAGAGCUCGGGACUCUUUUAGUCACCCUUAGUGCCACAGAUCCUGACGAAGGGAUGAAUAGUGACAUUAUAUAUUUAUUUAAUAGACGAGUUAGUACACAAGUUAAAGAAAUGUUUACUAUCGACGAAAACAAGGGAGAAAUCAGACUUCAAGGCAAAUUAGACUAUGAAGAAGUGGAUAGUUACGAGAUCCCUGUAGAAGCAAGGGACAAAGGUUCCCCGCCGCUGUCGGGUCACUGCAAGGUACUGCUGGAGGUGGUGGACGUGAACGACAACGCGCCGGAGGUGUGGGUGACGUCGCUGUCGGUGCCGGUGUCGGAGGACGCGUCGGUGGGGACGGUGGUGGCCGUGCUGAGCGUGUCGGACCGGGACUCGGGGGCGAACGGUCGCGUGCGGUGCUGGGUGUGGCCGGCGUCGCCGUUCGGUCUGGAGGCGACGUUCGCGGGCUCGUACUCGCUGGUGCUGCGCGAGGCGCUGGACCGGGAGCGGGUGUCGGAGUACGAGCUGGAGGUGCGUGCGGAGGACGGCGGGGCGCCGGCGCUGCGCGCCAGCCGCGGGCUGCGGGUGCCGGUGUCGGACGUGAACGACAACGCGCCGGCGUUCGCGCAGGCCGUGUACACGGUGCUGGCGCGGGAGAACAACGCGGCGGGCGCGGAGCUGGCGCGGCUGUGGGCGCGGGACCCGGACGAGGCGGGCAACGGGCGCGUCAGCUACUCGGUGUGGGAGGGCGGCGCGGCCGGCGGCGGGGCCGCGCUGCCGCCGUCGUCGUCGUCGUGGUCGGGGCCCGGCUGGCGCCCGGCGUCGAGCUACGUGUCGGUGGACGCGGAGAGCGGGCUGCUGUGGGCGCUGCAGCCCUUGGACUACGAGGAGCUGCAGGUGCUGCAGUUCGAGGUGCGCGCGGUGGACGCGGGCGAGCCGCCGCUGUGCGGCAACGCCACGGUGCAGCUCUUCGUGCUGGACGAGAACGACAACGCGCCGGCGCUGCUGCCGCCUGCGGGCUCGGCGCCGGAGGCGGGCCCCGUGCCGGCCGAGGCGGCGGCGGCGGCGGGCUCGGGCACGCUGUGGGCGUGGGCGGCGUGGGGGGCGCCGGCGGGGCAGGUGGUGGCCAAGAUCCGCGCCGUGGACGCCGACUCGGGCUACAACGCGUGGCUGCGCUACGAGCUGUGGGAGCCGAGGGCCAAGGGCCCCUUCCGCGUCGGCCUCUACAGCGGCGAGGUGAGCACGGCGAGGGCGCUGGACGAGGCGGACGGCCCUCGCCACACGCUGCUCAUCGUCGUGCGCGACCACGGCCAGCCGGCGCGCUCGGCCACGGCCACGCUCAGCGUGUCGCUGCUCGAGGCGGCCGAGGCGGCGCUGGCCGCGGCCGCGGGAUCCUCCUCGUCGGCGGCUGCGGCCUCGUCGUCGUCGCGGGCGGCGGUGGGCGCGGAGCUGGCGCCCGGUGCGGCCAGCGCGGCCACCAACGUGUGGCUGGUGGUGGCCAUCUGCGCCGUGUCCAGCCUCUUCCUGCUGGCCCUGGUGCUCUACGCGGCGUCGCGCUGGGCGCCGCGGGCGGCCGUGCUCUCGGCGCCCGGGCCCACCACGCUGGUGUGCGCCAGCGAAGUGGGCAGCUGGUCCUACUCGCAGCGCCACAGCCGCAGCCUGUGCGUGGCGGACGGCGCGGCCAAGAGCGACCUCAUGGUUUUCAGCCCCAACUUCCCUCCGCCGCCGCCUGGUCCUGCUGCAGAAAAUGGUUCUGCUGGGCCGUCUCUUCCACCUCUUGCUUCAAGCGUGCCAAAACACCCGAAUCCGGACUGGCGCUACUCUGCAUCCCUGAGGGCAGGAAUGCAAAGUGCUGUGCAUGUGGAGGAGGCAGGAGUCCUGCGUGGAGCACCAGCAGGGCCUGAUCAGCAGUGGCCAACAGUCUCCAGUGCUACAGCAGAACCUGAGGCGGGAGAGGUGUCCCCCCCAGUGGGAGCUGGUGUGAACAGCAACAGCUGGACCUUUAAAUUUGGACCGGGCAAUUCCAAACAAGGCGGUCCUGGUGAGUUGCCAGACAAAUUCAUUAUCCCAGGAUCUCCCGCAAUCAUCUCCAUCCGGCAGGAGCCACCAAACAGCCAAAUUGACAAAAGUGACUUCAUAACCUUUGGCAAGAAAGAAGAGACCAAGAAAAAGAAGAAAAAGAAGAAGGGAAACAAGACUCAGGAGAAAAAAGAAAAGGGCAACAGCACCACUGAGAACAGUGACCAGUGAGGGAGUUAUACUGAAAAAAACCCUCUUAGCCAGUUUUUGUAAUAAUGGCAGAUUUCUCCUAUGUAGCAAAUCCCAACUUCUUCCUACUGUUAACAAAUUUCCUGUGUGUACAAACUUGAGAAAAUCAGCAGGAAAUUCAGUGUCUGUCUAAAUUGCUUAACAGGUUUUGUCUUAAAAGCUUUAUUAAGUCUGGUGUUAACUCUUUUUCUCCGCUCUGGCUUGUUUUCAGAAUCUAAAAAGCAGACACAAGUUUCCUUUCUCCUACGCCGAAAAGGAGAAUCUUCACAGUACAGCCAGUGAGAGGUUGGACUCUGCACUGUGGUUCCUGUGCUCCUGUCUUGAUGACACUUACAGGACAGGUUUAAAAGUUUUAAUGUUGUGCACCCUCUAUCUGAUUGGAAAUCUUUGUGUGCAGAUGUCAGCUAGGUGAUAUGAGAUCAGAUUAUAAAAUGCAAGAAGAGCUGGUAAAUAUGCAACAGAGGAAACACCUAAUGAACAAAAAUGUUCAAAGAUGUUCAGGCUGGGGAGAAAAUGUCUGAAAGGACAUGAGCAGACCUGUCAAAUCCUGAGAAGUCACUGUGUGGAAAUACUGACUCCUAUACAUGACGUAUUGUACACACUGCUUCGAAUGAAACCUCACAUUUACAGCUCUUUAAGACACCAUAAAUUCUAUCUCUUUACCAAGCAAGCCAUUGGAAAAAUUGUCCCUUGAAGCCCUGCAUUGCCCUGGUAAGGCCAGCCCUCAGAGAGUAAGAAGGGCUGAGCUGACAUCCCAGGAAUGUAACUGUGAUGCUGUGUGUCCCUAUUUCCACAUUAUUUUGCACAUUAUGUCUCUGAGAAGGUCAGAGUUUUUCCACGACACUUAUGCAAAAGAGAGAAAAAAAGUAACAUUAACUAUGCUAUUUGUUAUUUGAGAUAUUUAUUUAUAAAGAAAUAUAGCUGUAAAUGUUAAAGAAUUACGAUGCCCUUUAACCCAAACAGAAGUCAAUCUAGAGCCAUUAUAAAUUACAAUUGCUGCUAUUAAAGUGCUUUAGAAAAACUGCCUGAAACAUCUGUAUUAUAUCGGCCACUUGCCAAUAACAGCUUUAUUCUGUCGGGUGACUUGGGGGCUGCCUCUUGCAUGUGUUAAUAAAUACAAGAAUUUCUUCUCUUUUUUUUUUUUUUUUUUUUUUUUUUUUGCAUUAUUCUGCACUUUGAAUACACCUUUGCAAACAAACUGUCCUAAUAUGAAGAAGCGGAAGCAAACUCCUCACACAAAUGGAUUUACUGACCUGCUAGCUCUGUGCAGUACCUUGGUGUUACCUCCCACAAGACCUUUUCUGAUUUUAGUUUUACUUUUCUAUGAGAUUAUGAAUUUCUGACCCUUCUACCACUCCUUAUGUAAAAUUCAAGUACUGUAUGUAUGCUGUAUGCUCUUAUAAGAAUCCUGAAAUAUUUAUUCUGUGCUUGUGUAUGUGAAUGUCAAUGCAACUAUUAUUAGAGUGGACUUUAAGCUUUACCGUUGAAUGUAAAUUCAUUAUUUCUUUUUUGUACACUUGUGAAAAAGUGGAGUAGUGUUAAUUUUUUAAGCCACUGUUGAUUAUCAGUUUUUUUUGUGUAUGAAACACAAGUAAAAUAUCUUUCUUAAACCAA